UUGUUUAUUUUGCUUUUGCAGUUACAGCCACGUAAGAGUGUGCUGAAAUUAGGGUGCAGAAAGGUGGCAAAUGUUAUGAUAAUCUUAAUACAUAUAUAAUCUGAGAAUAUUAUAAUAGGAAGCGUCACAUGGUGUACGAUGGCAGCUAAAGGUUUUGAUCACUUUCUACCUGGAAUAGUCGUUACAGCCGCCAUCGACCUUGGCACAACGUUGUCCGGCUAUGCGUUUGCAUUUAGGGAUAACCCGUAUAGAGUUUAUGCAAGCGUCUGGAAGUCAAGAACCACUGGAGACUUCGAAGCAGCCAAAACGCCAACAACGCUACUGCUUCGCCCAAGUGGCGAGUUUGAUUCUUUCGGAAUGGAAGCCGAAGAGAAAUAUUCCGAACUAACAGAAGAUGAUAUGCAUCAUGGCUGGUUUUUCUUUCAGAACUUCAAAAUGGAACUCUACAAACAUAAAAAACUUUCUAGGAUGACAAAGUUGAAAGACAAUGAAGGCAAAGAAAUGGCAGCUAUGGAUAUAUUCACAAUGGCAAUAAAGUAUAUAAAGGACAAGUUGACAGAAGAAACAAGACUAGGUAAAACAGAUCUUGAAGAACAUGAGAUACUCUGGGUAUUGACGGUCCCAGCUAUAUGGUCAGAUGCAGCAAAACAAUUUAUGAGGGAAGCAGCACAAAAGGCUGGUAUAUCUGGAAAUCAACUGAAACUGGUACUUGAGCCAGAAGCUGCGAGUCUUUACUGCCAGGCAGACUACACCCGCAGGGAUGUGCAAGCCGGGGCACUCGUGGAACUUAAAUCUUUCCAAGUCGGCCUAAAGUAUAUAGUUGCUGAUCUUGGAGGCGGAACAGCUGACAUUGCUACCCAUCAAGUUCUUGAGGAUGGAAGUUUGCGAGAAAUAUACCGUUCCACUGGCGAUGCUCUUGGUGGAAACAGAGUGAACAUAGCUUUUCUUACAUUUCUGGAUAACUUGUUCGGCGAACAGGUUAUGUCGUCUUUUCAUCGCAAUGCCAGGGGAGACUACUUAGAUUUCGUUCGUGAAUUUGAAUGUAAGAAGAAACUUGUGAAAGCGGAGGAGCCAACGGCUAUGAAACUCAGAUGCCCUACAUCGCUUAUAGAAUGUCUUCAGGAGACAAGAAAAUUGACAUUUCAGCAGUGUGUUGAAGAAGAAAGGUAUAAAAAACUGAUAGAACUGAAAAGAGACAAGAUUCAGAUCAGCCCAAAACUGGUGAAUAUAUUUUUCAAUGAACCAGUUGAGGAAAUCAUCAAGCUUCUGAAAGAGAUCAUUCAAGCUGAGAAAUUUGAGAUUGACACCGUUCUGUUAGUUGGUGGGUUUUCAGACUCCCCCUACGUAAGGGAACGGAUUGUAAGGGAAAUCAAACGGGAAGCGCCAGAAAUAGAUGUGGUAAAACCGCUAGAUGCUGGAUUACAUGUCCUGAAAGGGGCGGUGUUAACGACCUUGAGACCAAAUCAUAUCAGCGAGAGAAUUUCACGAUACACGUAUGGAUUUAGAGUUGCUGUUCCUUUUGAUGAAAGGCAGCACCCAGAACACUUGAAAGACAAACGUGCAAGUGGGGCAGAGUAUUGUUCUGACAUCUUUCAUAAAUGCAUUGAAAUCGGGCAAAGGUUGAAAUUUGGUGACACAAUAAAAUGCGAGUUUCAUGGACAAAGAGAGCACAUAAGGAGCAAGUUAGAAGCAUGUAGCACGGAAUUAUAUCGGUCAGUGCUUGCUAAUCCUAGAUAUUGUACACCAGAGGAAGGUUGUGAAAGGGUUGGAGUUGUAACCCAUCAUCCGCCAAUGGAGGGCUGGGGAAAUAUAGUCAUGUUUACCGCAGAGGUAUAUAUUGGAGAGACGGAGUUCAAAAUUUCUGUAAUAAACGGAACAACACAGGAACUUCUAGAAACUUCAAUUGACUUUUUAGAUCACUAGGCAUCUGGGCAGAUAGAAUUCCAGUUAGGGCUUGAAACCAAUGCACGGGUUUAAUCAUAGUAUCAAUUAAAAUAUGUUCUUGACUUUUCGGACUGUAUUGUAUAAAUACAGAUUCAGAUAUUACACUAAGUGCAAUAGUAUCUAUUUACGUUUGUGUGAUUUAGAGAAACGCGUCAGGAAUGACAAUCUCUGUUUGGCAUUUGUUUUCAAUUCAAAAUUAUGUCUCUGUGUAAUGAUAUUCCUGGAAAGAGCUGCAUGUUGGUCCUGAUAUUAUACUUUUAAUGUCUAACGAACCGGUAUAUAACAUUAAAUGCUCUUCGAGACUGAACCAGAGCUUAAAGUGAUUCUUUCUGAUGAAGGUCACACAGUGGCAUGUUAUUAUAAAUACAUUAUUUGCAUAACAGGUGUUAGGCAUUUUAUAUAUGUACAUACUAUAGUUAUGUAAAUAAACAUGACUCUACAAUAUGGUUUAAAAUAUAUUUAUUCAACUGAAAUUAGUUUUACAUACAGGUUUUGCGCGCAUUCAUUCGUGUAAAAAAUCAAGGAUUAAAAUCCAACAGGAAAAGCCUCAUUCAAAGAACGCAGCCGCAAGGAAAUAUGGGUAUGUGUAACCAUAUACUAGUACCUUGUGACUGAGCACAUGUACACAUUAACACAAACGAAUGCAAAAAAAAAAAACAGAAGUAACAAACAGACACAAACCAUCCAUGAAAAAGGAAAAAAUAGGGUACCUCCUUGGAACGGUCAGUUGCAAAAACUUCACGGGAGAGUUUAAACUAGUUUACUUGCAUCAAAACUUACUCUUUUACCCCCACCGUAAGAAAGUGUAAAAAGAAUGACUCCCAGUCAGGUUAAUCCCUUACACACGGAACAGUAACCACAGGAACACAUUGUAAAACAUAAAAUACGCAAAGGUUUAUAAAUCAAAACGCAUGAUCCCGUAAAUAUAUGUACCUGAUGACUUUGCAGAAGCCAGAAACCUGUUCCGUCAUCGCACAAUCAAAGAGGAAAGCGUAGAGACUAACUGUAAAAGGGCCGAAUACUAAACAUGAAGUGCUGCUCAAAACAAUGCGGUCAUAGCCUCUUGCAAUAAAGCUUUUGAUAAUUUUAGAAUAUAAUGCAUGGAAAUGGCUCUGCCUGAGAAUUUACGAAGUUUGUAAAUAGCAUCUCUAUAAAAAAUCAGGUUGUGAAAUACCUUGUCGCAGGAGAGACUUUAUAGAACUUGUAAAAGUUGUUAUUAUGACGGUACUGGCGUCUGAUAUCGAGAUAAAAGCCGGCAUGAUAUCAUUGAAAAUGAUCGGUACUAUCAACACAAUAUUUCUUUCGUUUACAGUUAGUUUCAAAAAAGGUUUAUUUUGUUAGCUUACAACCAGAUAUAAUAAAAUUCGCAUGCCA